GUGAAAAACACAAACACACACAAAUCCUCAAAACUCUUCGAAAAAAUUCGCACAAAAGAGAAAAAAAGAAUGGAAGAGUCACAGGAAAUACUGUUGAACUCGUUGGAAAGCCUUGGGAUUUCGAUCCCACAAAGCGUUUCGUCUGUCAAAGACCUCAACCCAACAACCUUGGUCUCCACCUGCGCGCAGUGUCUCAAUUUACUCGACCCCACGGCGUCGUUUCCCACCUCUCUUCCUAGCGACUCCAUGGCUGACCAGUUCAAGAUCUGUACGGACUUGGCCACCCGGAUUAAGAAUCUGGGUUUUGUUGGAGACAUGAGCUUCCACAAGUUCCUGUAUCCAUCUGAAGAGGACUUGUAUAAGCUGAUCAGAUUCCUGGUGGAGAGGCUUUCUGAGUUAUCUGAAGAUAGAAUAACUGCUGAUGUGAAGGAUAUAAAGGAUAUGCUGGCAUUCCCUGAGAAAGUUGGAGCCAAAUUGAAAGAUCUAAAACUGAAGACUGAAGUGCCAGAGUUGUCAAAUGCCAAGGCUGAAGAUGUCUAUGCCGGCAUGCCCCAUGAGGGUGAUCUUAUUCCACAAAAAAUGGAUAAAAAAGCUGUUGACAAUAUAUUCUGCUCAAGGACAGGAGAUUACAGCAAGGACAAACUUGCUAGUGUAUUAAGCAGGACGGAUUCGACUGAAGAAGUGAUGGAUGCUGUCAGAGAUACAUCUGGAAAUGAGGAAACUUCAGCUUCGAGAGAUGAUGAAGAUGUUGGAGUGUUUGAACAGAAAGGAACUUUUAGAGAGCAAUCUUCAAAGAUAAGCAGAUAUGAGACUGAAAGAAUACAAAAUCAAGAAAAAGUGCUUAUGGAGGAGACAUUGGUAAAGAACUCUGGAUUACAGCAACUUGAAGAAGAAUUGGAAUUGUUAAGGGCAGCAGCAGAAGUGGCUCUUGAUGACAAACAUCCUAUUGACUUCUACCUUGAGCAGCUUAAUGAGCAAGUGGAUGCUAAAAAGUGUCAUCUUGUGGAAUUGGAGUUGGAGUGGGAAGCUGUCAGAAAGUCUUUGGAAGAGAAAAAGAAGGGUCUUGAGGAGUCUCUGUAUGCAACCAACCCAGAAGCUCAAGAAAAGCUUCAAAAGUUGAGAGAAGUUGAGUUGGAAUUGCAGUCUACUUUAUCUGAAAUUAGAGAGAGGGAAGAGGAACAUUCUAAACUUUCUGCAGAACUUGAGAGACAGCCCAAAAUGGCAUCUAGGGGUUCCCAUAUUCAGCGGAUAAAAGAGAUCACAAAAAACAGUAGGAAACAAGAUGCUGACAUAGAGCGGAUCUUAAAAGAGACUAGGGAGCUUCAGUUGGAGAGUAAUUCUAUCCAAGAACGCCUUCAUCGAACCUAUGCUGUUGUUGACGAAAUGGUAUUCAGGGAAGCUAAGAAAGACCCAGUAGGGCGACAGGCAUAUAGACUGCUCACUAGCAUCCACGAGACAUUUGAACAGAUCUCAGAGAAAACCCUUGCCACUGAUAGAGUACGAAGAGAGAUGGCUGAUCAUGAAAAGAAGCUAGCGGCCAUGGCAGCACGCAGCUUAAACGUAGACAAACUACAAGCUGAUCUCGAUGCCAUACGGAAGGAAAAUGAGUACCUAGAGCGACGCCUCCAUGAUAAUUAAAUCUGUGACUAUUAUCUCUAGUACCAUUAUUUUUUUCAACUAUCGGUGUACAUAACUACAAUAUUACUUUGAUAUAAGCUUUACAAAAUUUUAAACAAUUAGAUUGUAUUCAUUUAUCCAGUGGGAAGGGCGACAGAGCUCCUUCUGAGUA